AUGAAGUGUCAUGCCCAAAUACUUGGGCGCUCUAUUCUUUCCUCAACACCUAUUAGCCAACCAUGUUUCUCCCCACCAAGUGUCAGGUUGCCCCGCUGUCCCCAGAAGACCCACUCAGGCUUAUUUGCACGGCUUAGUUCCACAAAGCCUCAGGCUCGCGUGGAGUACAACUGGAUCAGGGGGGUGGAAACACUUGAAGAAUAUCAGCCUGGAGGUUACAACCCGGUUAUGAUCGGUGACGUGCUUCAUAGCCGGUACCGCAUCGUAGAUAAACUAGGUCAUGGUGGUUACUCUACCGUCUGGCUCGCUCGAGAUACUACCGUCAAGCGAUAUGUCGCACUGAAAGUCAACACAGCGGACGCGCAUCCACGCGAGGCAACGGUACUUAGGACACUGCCCAAGCCACCCUCAUCAUCUCCAGCCCACAGGCGCUGCCUGAUACCGGUGGUAUUUGACGAAUUCGAUGUACAAGGCCCGAACGGGACAUAUGCGUGCUAUAUUACAGCCCCCGCACACUGCAAUCUUAGGGAGAUCUCUUCCAGUCGUCUUUUUCCCCUUGAGGUGGCUCGAGCGUUGCGCUAUGGACUUACACAGGCUGUUGCUUACACGCAUUCGCACGGAUAUUUACACGGAGAUAUUCACCUGAACAAUAUCAUGAUCAAGCUUCCAUCUAACUUUGACAAUCUUUCCAUAAUAGAAUUGUAUGAAAGAUGUGGCGAGCCCGAGACAGUUCCCAUCACACGCUGUGAUGGAAGGCCGCUUCCACCUAAUAUCCCAGCUCAAGCGGUAAAUUUUUUAUUUCUAGGAAAAUACGCCGAAACUAUGACGCUGGCCGAUGUACGUCCACUUCUAAGCGACUUUGGUGAGGCCUUCGCUCCUGCCUCAGAGGUUCGACUCGGACAAGACUGUCACACACCUCCGGCCUUUCGCUCCCCAGAAGCCAGAUUCGAGCCACAAAAGCCGCUCGCGUAUGUUAUAGGAAUGGAAGCUCUCUUCAGUAUUGAAAUGGUUCCCAACGAUGAAAUCGUGGCACAACAUAUCGAUGUACUGGGACCAAUGCCUAGGGAGUGGUGGCUGCAUUGGGAGGGGAGAGGUAAGUUCUUUACGGAGGAUGGGCAUCCAAAAGACGCAUACGUGGAGAAUAAAUGGCCUCCCCUUGAAGAGUCAUUCGACAUAGACAUACAGAAGUGGAGGAGAAAGUGGAGGGGUGUGGUCGAGGAAGAGAGAACCGCGUUUUUGGAUCUGAUCCGCAGGAUGUUGCUGUUCCAACCGGAAGCGCGACAUGUGCUCCAGUCGGAGUGGAUGGUCAAGUGGGCUUUGCCGGAUUUUGAGCGAAAUCCAAAUAUAUCUGGUUGA